AUGGAAAUGGAAGUUGACCAGAGAGAGGUCGAAGACGGUGAAGAUUUGUCCGGGAAAAAUCCAUGCUUUAUUUACAAGCUUGAUGUCUUUGAUACCGACUCCGGUGAUCACAAGGUUAGAGUCUGCAGAGAGAAGACUACUGAUCAUGUAUUUGCAAUGAAAAAGCUAAAGAAAUUAGAGAUGCUUCGCAGAGGCCAGGUCGAACAUAUCAAAGCGGAAAGGAAUGUACUCGCUGAGGUUGAUAGUAAUUGCAUAGUCAAACUUUAUUGUUCUUUCCAAGAUGAUGAGUAUCUUUAUCUUAUUAUGGAGUAUCUAUCAGGUGGAGACAUGAUGACUCUACUUAUGAGAAAGGAUACCUUGACUGAAGAUGAAGCCAUGUUUAUGAAGAGGAUGAAUGGUCAUUUGGUUACUGUGAGCAAUGAAGUUGUCCAUGGAGAAGUGAACAAUUUUGAUCGUUCUUUUCUUGAUAAAACCGCGGAAGAACGUCAUAGUUGA